UAUUGUUUAAGAGGGUUGAAGCAGCCGCAGAAGCCCUUUCGGAGUUCGGUUGGUUUGGGGACUAAGACACAUCGUGCUGCAGUUUCAUAUCAUUCGCAGCAGAUCAGUCAUGGUGAAGUAUUCCAGGGAACCGGACAACCCUACCAAGUCCUGUAAGGCCAGGGGCUCGGAUCUGAGAGUUCAUUUCAAGAACACUAGAGAGACUGCCCAUGCAAUUAGGAAGUUGCCUUUGGCCAAGGCUAAAAGGUAUUUGGAGGAUGUGUUGGCCCACAAGCAAGCCAUUCCAUUCCAACGCUUCUGUGGGGGUGUUGGUCGAACUGCUCAAGCAAAGAACCGUCAUCCAAAUGGACAGGGACGUUGGCCUGUUAAGUCUGCCAGAUUCAUUCUGGAUUUGCUUAAGAAUGCUGAGAGUAAUGCAGAUGUGAAAGGUUUGGAUGUGGAUUCAUUAUAUAUUUCCCACAUCCAGGUGAACCAGGCUCAGAAACAGAGGCGCCGCACUUACCGAGCUCAUGGGAGAAUCAACCCCUACAUGUCUUCUCCUUGCCACAUUGAGUUGAUCUUGUCCGAAAAGGAAGAAGCUGUAAAGAAAGAGCCUGAGACUCAGUUAGCUCCAAGGAAACCCAACAAGGCUCAAGCUCUAAGAAGUGCUUCUUGAGCAGAGCGGUAAAGGGGUUCGUUGCUGAAGGAUGUGACUAAUCGUUUCAACUUCACUUUAAAGGACAUCUUUUGUUUCUUGUGGAUCAAAUUUUGUUAUUUAGAGGCAUUGAGAACUUUUGUUAUUAAACAAACUUUGCUGGUUUGGUUGCUUAAAUGGAAUUUUGGACCAUGAUGAAAUAGUUAAAUAUUAAAUGAUCAGUAAAAAGUGGGGCGAUCGUUUUACCCAUAA